AUGGACGCUAAGAUCUGGGUAUUACUAGCCAUUGCAAUUACAGUUCAAUGUCGCGAUAUAAUCGUAGGUUCGAUUAACGGUGGCCAUAAAAUAUUUGACGAAAACAAACAAGCAAGUCCGGCGUUAUGGCGGCGGACGGAGAAUGUAACGAUUACGGCAAACGAAAACGAAACAAUUGGUGGAAUUAUUGUCACAGAUUUAAGAGAAGAGAAGGAUGGCGAUGCUAAAAUAGUGGAAGGUGGAGAAGGACAGAACAACAUUACCAUUGAACUAAAAAGCCCUGCUGUACUGAGAGGAUUCGACUUCCAUAUUGAAGCUUACGCCGUUUCUAAAAAUCAACAGAAAUCUACCGAACAAGAAAUUAGAACAAUUGAAUCAGAUAAAUCUACUGAAAAUUCAAAAGCAGAAACAAGUUUAAAUACAGACGCAAGUAUACCUAUUAAUUUAGCCAAAACUCAAACAUCUUCGUCUUCGGAAAGUUCUUUAGAAUCAAUCACAAAUAAGGCAGAAAAAAAUAAUCAGAGGCAAAAUCGUGACACGAGAAAUAUAGAGAAAAUUACUCAACAAACAAAUCCUGUACAGUUAUUUACAGAUACAAGCACUACAGUCGCCCCAGAGGGCAUUGAAUCACAUACGCUUGAAAAUAAAUAUGCAUCAACUCAAGUAUCUGAACAAAGACAUGACUUUCAUGUACCAAAAAUUCAAUUGCAUGAGUUCAGUAGAAUGCCAGAAUCAACGGCAAGAAACGUUCCUAUAAGUGACUUAAAAAUUAUGGAAGGCACGAAUUAUCAUCGAGAAGGUCAUAGAGAACCCGACCAAAAUAUUUAUGGGGAUAAUAAGAGAUAUACACAGGUUGACUAUCCUCAAUUUGACAUCAAUGAUAACAAUAAAACGCCAGUACCAUCUACAGUAAACACUGAAAUGCCUACUAUAGAAAAUAAAAAUAAAAAUUUGCGUAAGAAGCGUGACAUGGGCCAUGAACAACAUAAUCCUAUAAUUAGUAACAAAGAAGGUCUAACAUCUUCCAAAAGAUUUACUAACGAUGAUAAUACUUCUGAAAUUAAUAAACCAAACAGUCAAACACAGCAACAUCAUCAAGACAAUGGCCAAUUUCACAAAAAUAUUGAUAUAAAAGAGAGAAAAGAUCAAAACGAAAAUGAUUCAUUCAAAGGACGUUAUAUUCCUGACGGAUUAAAAUUUAAUGUGCCUAAUUUAGGUACGCAUAGAGAUGCAUCCUUGACAGAUAUUAACAAACUUUCAACAUCUUCGUCGCAGAUGCCCGCUGAAUCCGCAAAACAAGAAGAUAGCAUUUAUAUUCAUCAGCACUCUCAAAUAAGAAACCAACAAUCUAGUAUCACAAAUAUACCUAAACAAUCUACAAAUCCAUCUACUACAAAAUCAGAAAGUAUAAGUGAAAAGCAAGGUAAUCUCGAAAUUGAUUCGAAAGUAACAGACAGUGUUAAACCAGAUAAUUCUGCAAGCGUUUCUAAAUCAAUUGAAGGGAACCAUAGAGAUAUUCGAGAUACAGCAAUGGUUAAAACAAAUGACAAAAAAGAAACCUCAUUAUCACCCAUUGAUAAUCUCAAUGACUCAAAAAAUCCAACUACUUAUACAACGACUAUAGCCACAUCCGAAAAGUCCGAAACAGAUCAGCAAAAAGCACAAAAUAUCAGUGGUAGCCACAUGAUCUUACAAAGUAAUUUAAAAAUACCUACUGUACUUCAUUUCGAUACUGAUGUCAGUGUAAAUGACGGUAAUACACCAAUGGUUUCAUUAGACACUGAAAAUAUGGAAAGAAAUUCCAGGGCUACAGUGAAUGAUGCUAAAAACGAAACGUUAUCUUCUACUAAAGUUUUGAAACACACUGCUAAUAAUAACAUCAAUUCAAAUCAAAACAAAUUUGAACUAACAACAAAUCUAAAGGGUAUCAAACCUGGUGAAGUGACAGGCGAAACUACUAUUGAACCGCAGGAAAAUAUUGAGGUGCCAGUUGAAUUCAAAUCUGGGGUUUCAGAUUCUGCACAUCCUAUUAAUUUAACAACAGACGCUAAUGAAAAUUGUACCAGCACUCAGAAAGGCAACACUGAUAAUAAAGAUAGCAAAUCUGCUAUAACAUUAACGACCGAGGCCGAGAAAACAAUUACUUAUAAAGACGAGAAACUUCAGCAACGACUUCCAAUUAUAGUGGCCACUGAUCCAAAAACCACUGAAAGUCGGAUUAAUCCCAAAUUUGAAAUGAAAAAUAUUCCUCAACAAUUUAACACAAACGUUUCAGUAAAAGAAAACAGCCAGUCUCCGAAAAUCCCUCGAGAUGUCAAGGAAACUGAUAAAGUAGACCGAGACAGUGCAUCUAUAGAAGAGCUUAAAAGCGAUAUGUCACUAAAAGACAUCAAAGUUAGCUCCACAGAUUCAAUUGUGACACCAACAGGUGCCAAUAAAGAACAAGCAAAAGUAUUUGAAAACAAUAAGAACGAAUCUACAGAAAAGUCCAGAUAA